AACACCUGCAGCACAGAGCACACUGAGCGACAUGAGUGAGAGAGACGGUCGCUGCUGCACCGGUUAGUUUCAUGCCGGCGCUGAUCUGAUGAAAUCAAACUCACUGGGGAACCGAAUCGAACGUUUGGCGUCUUCCUCGUUUUAAUUGAACCCGCACACGUGCACGCCUGCCUUCCUGCACACGCGGGCGCACGUCCGUUACCCCAGCGCAGCGCAGCGCACUCAGGCGCGCACACAUCGCCAAUCAACCUGCGCUGCUGCACAGGCGCAUCCCGACAGCGGCUGCCGAGUGUCUGCCGGCGAUCCCUCUCUGCCUUUGCGCCCCUGCCACUCCGCUGGAUGUUUGCGCAGAGGGUCGCAGCCUCCGUCCGCCGCGCUCCUCAUCACCUCUGAACUUGUGCAUGCUUGGAACAGACCUGGUUCCGACAACAUGGCUCUUUCUGGGUGAAGGAUCCUUUUGGGCUUAUUUGUGCCAGCUCUGGAAAGUUACACUGCGUCAUGGACCAACACUGUAAACUUUAAGAGCCUUUUUUUCCCUGAUGAGAGAGUUAUUUCAGAAUGAAGGCAGGUGAAUCGCCCGCGGCGUGAAGCGCAAUCCUCAGGUAGACUGGGCUGGAAAAGGUGACACGGAAGGAGUCGUGCUGCGGAGGACUGGGGAAUUGGACCGAUGAGACAACAUGGGUCCGUUGAUGUGUGAUGGGAGGCUGACGUGCUUUCUUUUUCCUCUUCUCCUCCUCCUGCGAGCUCCCUUGCUAUUCAGCUUUGGUGAGCGCACAUGCCCCAAUAGCUGCCGUUGUGAGGGUAAAACUAUCCACUGCGACUCCUCUGGAUUUUUAGAAGUCCCAGAAAACAUCUCAGUAGGCUGCCAGGGCCUCUCCCUGCGCUACAAUGAACUACACACACUGCUACCUUAUCAAUUUGCUCACCUCGGUCAGCUCCUUUGGAUAUACCUGGACCAUAAUCAGAUUUCAGUUGUCGACAGUCGAGCCUUCCAGGGAGUCCGAAGGCUUAAAGAACUUAUCCUGAGCUCCAACCGGAUAACAUCCCUACACAAUUCAACAUUCCACGGCGUCCCCAACCUUCGAAGCCUUGACUUGUCCUACAACAAAUUGGAAAUACUGCAGCCAGGUCAAUUCCAUGGCCUACGGAAACUGCAAAACCUUCACCUACGGUCAAAUGGUCUCUCCAACAUUCCAAUUCGAGCGUUUUUAGAGUGCAGAAGCUUGGAAUUUCUAGAUUUGGGCUACAAUCGAAUCAAGGCUCUUACUCGUACCACCUUCUUAGGAUUGCAGAGGCUGAUGGAGUUGCAUCUGGAGCACAACCAGUUCUCAAGGAUCAACUUUUUCCUGUUUCCACGCCUAGCCAAUCUGAGAUCCCUCUAUCUGCAGUGGAAUCGCAUCAGAGUGGUCAACCAGGGCCUUCCGUGGACUUGGUACACGCUGCAAAAGCUGGAUCUGUCCGGAAACGAAAUUCAGACACUGGACCCAGCUGUUUUUCACUGUUUGCCCAACCUCCAAGUCCUGAACCUGGAAUCCAACAAAUUGUCCAAUGUGUCCCAAGAGGCUGUGACAGCGUGGAUCUCACUGACCUCUAUCAGCCUUGCUGGCAACAUAUGGGACUGUGGAGCGGGCAUUUGCCCUCUUGUUGCUUGGUUGAGAAAUUUCCGGGGGAGCAAAGACACCACCAUGAUCUGCAGCAGUCCCAAACUUCUCCAGGGAGAGAAAAUCAUGGAAGUUACACGGAACCAUGGUAUUUGUGACGAAAACGAUUACUUUAUGACCGAAACACCAUCACCAAUGCCAGAGCUAAUCUCUGAUGCCACUGCUGAGCCGACCUUCCCGCCCACCAGUGGUUCACCAACCACAACACCAACCAGCACCUUUGGGCCCCUCCCACCGUUCAGACUUCAACCAAUUCCUCAUCCAACCUAUCCGGGGCACAUGAGCAAAGACACUAGAAACACAGCGAUUCGCACUAGACCCACCCAUGUAUCGCCCCCCGUGAUUGAACACAUGGCGCUACACAAGGUGGUGGUGGGCAGCGUGGCACUCUUCUUCACCAUGUCGCUAAUCCUGACAAUUAUCUACGUGCUGUGGCGGCGUUACCCGGGCGCCACAAGGUUGCUGCAGCAGCGGUCAAUGGUGGGACGAAAACGCCGCAAAAAGAGCCCGGAGCCAGAGCAAAACCUCAGCUCCCAACUUCAAGAGUAUUACAUGAGCUACAACCCUGCUGCCACACCAGAGGCACUGGAGGUGCUUGGCAAUGGCACUGGUUCCUGCACUUGCACAAUAUCUGGCUCCAGGGAGUGUGAGAACGAGUACACAUGUCCACGCCCCCUACCUGGUGCCUGGCUGGGAGAUGUGCCUACGAUCCAUUAACUCACAGAAAAAGGAUUGUUUCGGAUGAUGCAACAAAUCAAAGCCCAUCCCGAGAGCCCGCCAGGAUUCCUCUUCUCUUCAUUCAAAUUCCAGGAGACGUUUAAAUUGUACUCCAUGCAAACGAAUCCAAGCCAACUAUAUAUCACAUAGAAAAGGGGAGAUAAAAUGGUGGUUUUCUCUUUUUCUUAAGAUUUUGUAUCUUUUUUUUUUUUGCUCUUUGGCAUUUCUCAUGAUGCUCACUUCACAAACACACGCACUGAUGGUUGAGGAUUCCGGUUGUGUGGACGGCAGCAGAGACUAAUGAGAGCCAAGGGAUGGAUACAAUAAAGCUUGCCGCCCACUGCAAAGAGCGUAACGGCUUAUUGUCUCCAUAAGGACGACAUGGCAUCGUGCAGAAAGUGCAGAAGGAACGACUCAUUAGUGACAAUGCACAGGACAAGCUGCUCCGACAACAUGGGGUGCAUAAUUAAAGGGGAUUUCCAUAUUCUCACAUCCUGUGACGC